GUGAGUGCGUGCGUGUAUGUGUGUGUGACAAGGAGAAAUGGGGUGUGCUCAGCUGUGUGGAAAUGAGAGGGAAAACUAGCAUUCUUCAUCAUGCACCCUCCCAUACCUCUCCUCUCUGGUUUGGCCCUUUAAAAGCUGCUGCCAGUGCUAUCUGUCAGCCUCAUUAUCACCAUUUCUUGGCUUGAGCAAAUUGCUAUCCAGCUUUCGAAGCACGGUAGGAAUAAACGUAGAAGCUUUGGAAGUCCUCGGAGAAAACAAGCGUCAACAAAUCAAGGCCCUGGACAACUUUCAAGUGCGAGAUGCUUCUGUGUGUGAACGUGCUUGGGCUGCUUUUCCUGCAGCCACUUCUUUCCAGCUCAAGGCCGCUAACUACGCCAUCCAGAGGAUGUCCCGGCUGCAAAGGAAAGCCUUCGCAAAUCUACAUGCCGGCAGAUUUGAAUGGCACUGCUCUGACCGUUGGUGAGCCAUGUGGGGUCUACACACUGAGCUGUGCCAGCGGUCUGCGUUGUGCACCUGCGCCGAACGACCCCCGGCCCCUCCGCACCCUGCUGGAGGGCAGGGGCGUCUGCAGCAACAUUAGCGUCAUCAGCUGGACGGAGAGGAGCCAGAGCGCAGAUCCCGCACCUACCGAGAAUCCGGCGGAGGCCCCAUGUCGAAAGCUGCUAACCACACUUAUCAGAGGCCUUGAUAGCCAUUUAUUCAAGUCCCAUCAUGAUAUCUACAUGCCCAACUGUGACAAACGUGGCUUCUUCAGAAAGAAGCAGUGUUGGUCCUCUCGAGGUAAACAACGCGGUCAGUGCUGGUGUGUGGAUGAGAGUGGCAUGCCGGUGACAUCACAAAAACAUAAAGGCUUGACUUGCUGAAGAGGGUCAAUGUUGAACUAAAGAAAGAACAGCAUGGCCAGAUGAUAAAGGACGUCUCGAUAGGAAUUCCACGUCUGGUGUCAAGUGUAACUCAAACCAUUGGCGCCCUCUAGGGAACAUACAAUGAACUGUUUUGAUCAGUCACUUCUGCAGAAAAAGACCUCCAGACACAACAUUUUGCAUAUCCUGCCAAAUGUUCUAUGUUGAAAACAUAUCCUAUGUUUAUCAUUUACCACGUAUCAAGUGUAAUGUUUGUUCCGUUGGGUAAAUUGCUUUCUUUGUCUGCACAUAUCAUUUCCCAUAACAUAUUUAUACAAGAUGAGUAUUUCUUACACUACUGCUAUUGUGUACAAUAUCAAUUUGUGAUCUUAUUUAUGUUCUUUUUACUAUUAUUUAUGGUAUUUGUAUUCAUUAAUAAUGAUUAAGGCAUUAGAUAAUGCUAAUUAGCAGGUUCAAGAGAAAAACAACAACAUGGGGUUUGGAAGAUAACUGAUGAGGAUAUUUUAUGUUUAUUUUUUUGUGUUACUAUGAGCAUAGGUGUAUAGUGUACCACUGGGAUGGUGGCCUCAAGUAACAAACCUUUUGUAUUCUUGUAACUUGACUUAUAUAUAAUAAUACUAAUGUUAUUUAAUAAUCAUAUUUUAAUAAAUUAGUAGUAGACGUAGUACUAGUAUCUUUAUUAUUAUUAUUAUUAUUAUUAUUGUUAUUAUUAUUAUUAUUAUUAUUAUUAUUAUUAUUAUUAUUAUUAUUAUUAUUAUUAUUAUUAUUAUUAUAUAGUAACAGUUUGGAAAGAUAGCUGAGCCAUUAGAAUAGCCUGUACCUUGAGGUACAGCAACAGUAUACAUCCUUGUAUAUACUAUGAUUGUAUUAUUAGUGCCAUGUUAAAAUGUAUUUUUUAUUUGUUUGUUUGUUUGUUUGUUGUCGUGAUUUUGUUUGUUCAUCAACAUUCCAUAUUUUUUCCAUGUUUCAUCGUCAUCAAAUGUCAUAUAUGUUAUUUUCAGAUGUCUUUACUUAUUUGACCAUCAGUAACUUAAUUAAAGUUAUGAAAAUGUGA